CAACGGUUGAUAUCAACAACACCAUCUUCACCGGCAGCAUGGGCACAGAUCCCGGCCCAUCAGCGCCGCCACCUACGGACGAGCCAGCUUCAGAGGUGUCAAUCAAGCCAGCAGCAGCCGCUGGCGCCGGCGACACCGACGCCGACCUGCACGACGUCUUUAGAUCGCUGUACGAGGGCGACGAAUGGGCGCUGUCCGACGACGAGUCGGAUGACGGCGCCCACCCAGCGGGCGCCGUUACUACCGCUGAGCCAGAACCUGAGCCCGAAACCGCCGUCGUGACCACGCGCUUCACAAGAGCGCAGUUCCUCCGCGCGCUAGACGACCUCAUCCUCCCCUCGAACACGCCGCGCAAGCGGCGCAUCUACCCGGACCCAAAGACACACCCGACCGCCAUCGCAUCGACGAGCGCGCUGCCCGCGCUCCCACCAGCAGCGACGUUCGCGCCGUUCUCGCCGCUGCCGCUGCUGGCCCGGCUGCGGACCUUCAAGCCAGCGAGCUACUCGGCCCUGUUGCCCGCUAGCAUCGGCGCGUGCGCGGCCGCCCUGCACGGGUGGACGAACGCCGGGACGGACGGGCUGGCGUGCGUGUGCGGCGCGCGCUGGGGCGUCGGCGGGCUGGACGCCAUCGCUGACCUCCGCGUGCGGGCCGAGGUCGUGCGCCGCCUCGCUGGCGCCCUUGGGACGCGGCACGUCCCCGGCUGUGGCUGGCGCGUGCGCUGGUCGCCGCCUGAGCUGGUCGACGAGAUGCGCCGCUUCGUCCACCCCGUGGUCGCGGCUAGCCUUGAGCCCCUCGCGCGCGAGCUGCUCCGCCGCUCCCUGUCCGGCCCGGUUAGGCCGCUGUGGAGCUCGCCGGCGACGACGACGCAGCUCGACUCGCUCGUUGUUGCGCUCCAGGCGUACGGCGAGAACCGCGCCGCCGACGGUACCGUGCUCGCCCCGCUUGACACGCUGGCUGCUGCCCUCGCCCUGUUCGGGUGGUACCCCUACGACCCCGGCUUCGCUGCCGACGCAGACCACGUCACGCCGGGCAAGGGCACCCCGACGGACAUUGUCGCGUGCCGGCUAUGCCAGCGCCGCGUGGGCAUGUGGGCGUUCCACCCGAAGGACGGCGUCACGACCAAGGUGUUCAACCUCCAGACGGAGCACAUCUCGUGGUGCCCGCUGCGGGGGGACGACUGGUGGCACGAGUGCGUGCGCCUGCAGCCGGUCGGUGAAGUCGAGCGCCAGGGUGCGGCGGAUAUUGUCGACCUGCUCCGCGUCUCUGAGCGGCCAGCAAAGAAGUGGCGGAAGGGGAAGGGCAAGUAACCGAGACGAGGCGACGACAGCGAAGACGACGAC